AAAUAAAAGAGAAACAUGAGCCAUGGAGCUGAGGUGAACUCUCAAAACUCCAGCAAGGACAAAGGGUGUAAGAUGUCGGCGCUACAGAAACUGGAGAGUCUGGCAGGGCGGAUCUUUUACUGGGGGCCACGGAGUGAUGCUGGGGCACCGAAUGUUGGGGAGGCAGCCUAUGAAUCUGAGCACACGGCAGCCUGGAAUGAGCAGAUGAAGGAGUUUCUUGCCAAAGCCAAAGAAGAGUUCCUCAAGAAAUGGGAGAACCCGUUGCAGAAUACGUCCAGCCUGGAUCACUUCGACCGGCUCAAGACCCUGGGUACAGGCUCUUUUGGGCGGGUGAUGCUCGUGAAGCACAAGGAGACCGGGAAUUACUUUGCCAUGAAGAUCCUUGACAAGCAGAAAGUUGUUAAGCUGAAGCAGAUCGAGCACACCCUCAAUGAAAAGCGCAUUCUCCAGGCUGUGAACUUCCCAUUCCUUGUCAGGCUAGAGUAUUCUUUUAAGGAUAACUCAAAUCUGUACAUGGUGAUGGAAUACAUCCCAGGUGGCGAGAUGUUCUCCCACCUACGACGGAUUGGCAGGUUCAGUGAACCUCAUGCCCGGUUUUAUGCCGCUCAGAUAGUGCUGACUUUUGAGUACCUGCACUCACUAGAUCUCAUCUAUCGAGACUUGAAGCCUGAGAACCUCCUCAUCGACCAGCAGGGCUACAUUGAGGUGACAGAUUUUGGCUUUGCCAAACGAGUGAAAGGCCGAACAUGGACCCUUUGUGGGACUCCAGAAUACCUGGCUCCUGAAAUCAUUCUGAGCAAGGGUUAUAACAAAGCUGUGGACUGGUGGGCCCUGGGUGUCCUCAUCUAUGAAAUGGCAGCCGGCUACCCCCCAUUUUUUGCAGACCAGCCCAUUCAGAUAUAUGAGAAGAUUGUCUCUGGGAAGGUUCGCUUCCCGUCUCACUUCAGCUCAGACCUGAAGGACCUGUUGCGUAACUUACUCCAGGUAGACCUCACCAAACGCUUUGGCAACCUCAAAAAUGGAGUCAAUGACAUCAAGAACCACAAGUGGUUUGCUACUACCGAUUGGAUUGCCAUCUACCAACGGAAGGUGGAAGCUCCCUUUAUACCAAAGUGCAAAGGCCCCGGCGACACAAGUAACUUUGACGACUACGAGGAAGAGGAGAUCCGGGUGUCCAUCAGUGAGAAGUGCGCCAAGGAGUUUGCAGAAUUUUAGGGCCAGUCCCCCUUGCUUUGUGUGCCCAGGAAAAGGAAGGGCUGGAUUUGAUCAGCCCCAAGGGCCAGAGUUCCUUGCCUAUAUGUUAAUUUGGGGAGGUGGGAGAGUGUUGGGGUUCACCUGAAUCUGUUUGGGCAGAAGAGAGAAAAGGGGAGUUCAUUUUGAAGCUGUGGAAAAGGCAGCAGUCGGAGUGCCAUCCAUCCACCUCCCACUGAAAACUGUAAGGUGGCUCCCAGCCACUCUCAGGCAGGUUUUCAACAAAUUCCCUUCCUCCUCAUAUUGACUCCAAUCCCCCUCCCCACCACACACAAACCCUAAUUGGACAGUCCCUGGUUUAUUGGUGGCUUUAUUUUAUUAUUUUUUUUAGGGGAAAGGGGAUAUAUUUGCCAUUCAUCACCCCCUAUGAAAGGUCUGGUUCAUGGGGCAUUGCAAGAAUUUCUGGAAGGGGGGGGUUAGGGCAAGAAAUAACCACAUCCACACAGCACUUUGGUGUUUAGACCAGCACUGAACAGGUUAAUGGCCCCACCCUUUCAACUUCCCCUAUGGGACAAUUCCUGUCCUUUUAUCAGCCCCCCCCCCUUUCCAGGCCCCUUUUAUUAUCUUUAAAUAAAAAGUUUAAAGAAAUAGUUGACUGGCUUUAUAAAAAAGGGUUUUAAAAGUCUAGGCAGGGCACAGUGCUUUUUUAUACGCUCUGUCUCCCGCACCGUUAAAUUAAAUUCAGCCGGAAUUUUAACUCUGUAAAAACAACUGAGUUUUAGCAUGAAGAAUUUGUGUGUGUUUUUUGGAUAGAAAAACACUUUAUUUCCAAUCUUUGUCUCCCUAUUUUGGGGGAAAGAAGGGGGCAAUAGUUUUCACACCUGUAGGAGGGAGCAGUGACUGGUUGCCAGCUGGCAAAUGCAUACUGAGAGAAAGAAGCUUGUCUCAAUUUGUCUUUCUUAAAUGUGCACACACCCCUUCUCUCUCUCUCUCCCUCUCUCUCUCUCUCUCCCUCCCCUAGUCUUCCCAUCACCACCACCCUCCAAUCCAAAUGUCCCAACAUGAGUUUCCCCACUUCAGGCAACUCUUGGAGCAUCUGCCUGAACGGAAGAGAAACAAGCAGGAUCUAGUCCACCCUGUGAAACAUCAGAUAGACUCUAGCUAGUUGCCAUGGUUCAAAGGGGCUUCUCCCGUUUGGUGAGCCAUCAGGGUGGGAGAAAGUCCAUGUAGAUAGAGCUUGACCGUCGCAGGCAAAAUGCAUUGGCUGCUAGGAUCCUACCCUUCCCAACUCCAACCUCUGACAUCUGUUUUUGUAAUACAAGGAUCUUUCCAGUCUGUUGGUGGAAACUCCAUUGCACCGGUCCUUAAGGGCUCCAUUGGCCUGCUAUGUGGUUUUUUUAAAAUGUUAAGACGGUAAGGAGGGAGUGGAAAAUGUAAAUCCCGGUGUAAACGGAGGUGGGGUAGGGGCUUAAAAACGAAAGUGUUGGGAAGGCCCAUUCCAUUUUGACCUGCAGUUCUGACAGGGAAUGAGAGGUGGCAUCUGUUUUAUUAGAGUCUUUUCUCAUGGAUGCGGAGGGAGCUGUGACUCAAAGAUGAGGAGGGGGAGCCCAUUUCUCUCCAUUUAAUUUGUUCCGACUCUUUCCUCCCCCUCCCUUUCCAAUGCAAUGCCUCUUUGUGUUCUGUCUUCACCUACCCCACUCCAAACACACUCUAUAUUCACCAGUUUAGUUUUCUUUUGUUUUCUUUCUGUGGCUGGGGAGCAAAGCAGUCUUCUUUAGAUUGAUAGAUGACAUAUAACACAUACAGAAGCGCUGUCAGGAGCAGGCAAGCUUUACUUGCCCCUCCAACUCCUCGUCGUCCUCUUCCCACCAAUAGCUCAUUGGCCUCUUCUAUGUUGGGUUGGGGAGACAGCGGGAGUUAAAAUACCCACCAGCUCCCUGCCUCAGAAAAAAACA